UCUGAAGUAGACCUUGGAGCCGCGACUAUCUCUGACACCCUCCACCGCAAGGGAAGAGAACGCUGGACUCCUGUUGUGUUGCAGUGUGUUUUCAACGAAAGCAGAUCAGAAGCUACAACCCAGGGUCGAUCACAAACGCAACUCCAGACGCCGCCCUUCCUCGGGGGGACGCUGAACACUACUCAUCUGUCCAUCCUCCAUAGUUAUAAGCAACCCCAUCAUAUUGAUACAGAAGGAUGACGUGUGCAUUACUGUACUCAGAUGACUUUUCCUCAAGCAGCAAGAAGGAUAUUGACCCCCUCGCGCUCUUGCAUGACCAUGCGCUAGAGUCGGACCCAGAGCUGGACAUCUCUGUGCUCACGGACGACGAGCUUCUCGACCUGCUCAAAGCAAACAAAGACGGCAGGCCGCUGCAGGGCUGGCUCGGCACGACGCUGACGCCCCGCCUGCUUGGCGACGUUUUAGAGCCUUCAAGCAGCUGCAGCAGUAGCAGCGGCGCCGGCCACGGGCCCACGCUUCGCUUACCGGAUUCUCCCGUCAGCGCCAGCUCGUCCUCUUCGUUGUCAGCAGGCAGCAUCCUGAGUCUCGACAACGUUCCUUUCUCGCAUCCUUUGCAUAACAGCAGGGCGUUCCCAGGGCAUACAGUCUACGGUGGCGGAAGCAGCGUUGGACAUCCGUCCUAUGCGUCUCAGUACGGAGGGAGCAGCUCGAUGAGCAGCUACAAUGCAAGCCAAGGGACGGCUGGUACGUCACAGACCAGCCUUGGUAGUCAGAGCUUCAGCAGUAGCUACAAUAGCCAACACGAUGAGGGAUGCUGAAAAGCAUGUCGCUUAGAGUCGACCCUCCGUCCAUCAGAUGCCCACGGCUUGCAAGAUGCCCCCACCCCCAGUAUGAGUUUCUCCAGUCGCAACCGCGAGCAGAUCCACAUGACACUUCCAUCCCCGCCCCACUUUACCGCCGCCUGCGUCGCCCUCGAAUCAGCUGCAUUGCAAGUGACUUGCCCAUACAACUUCGCAUUGAUGAUUACCCAGUCAAUAAGCAGCGCAUACCGACGCGGUCAAUCUGAUCACCCUAGCACAGACCGUGCAUCUUUGUCCAUCCUCGUCGCAACCACUUGGGCUACAGGCUACAGCAGCAGGGGCAAUAGGUGUCAAGUGACAAUUGACGCGCUUCUUACUGCUUUCCGCCACCUUUCUCACGUCCUUGCACUAUGUAUGUGUAGCAUUCAUUGCCUGUUGUAAUAUCCGAAUCCAAAUUUGUCCGUGUAUGUCUUCUCGCUGGCCCGAUUUACCGGCAGAAGCAGCCGC